AUGGAGUCCACUAAGAUAAACUCUAACAUAAAACUCUUAAUGAUAGCAUUGGAGGGUCAAGAGGUCGGUAGUAGGGGGCUGAUAGAUAUCAACCUCUUAGAUGAGGGCCUAGAGGUGAUUGUAGUGAGCCUGAAGAGAAAGAUCUUCUUAUUUGUAGGAGAGAAAAGACUCAAAGAUCUCCACAACUCAAUUGACGUUCGUUCAAUUAGUGUAUAUGGUUUCCAUAGUGAGUCAUAGGAGAUGGACUGAGGUGAUAUGCACUAGUGGCUUGACAAUGCUGAACUCGAUGCUCCAAAAUAUUCAUGUGAUGACCGCCAAGUCGAGCUGCAACCAUGUUGCAUACGAGGGGUCCCAAAGGCCAGGUGGGUCCUCUGA